GACCAUGAGAAGCAGUACGUGGGCUUUGCCACUCUGCCGAACCAGGUCCACCGGAAAUCCGUGAAGAAGGGUUUUGACUUCACCCUGAUGGUCGCAGGAGAGUCCGGCCUGGGCAAAUCCACGCUGGUGAAUAGCCUGUUCCUGACAGAUCUCUACAAAGACAGAAAGCUCCUCAAUGCAGAGGAGAGAAUCAACCAGACAGUGGAGAUUGUCAAGCACACAGUGGACAUUGAGGAGAAGGGUGUCAAGCUGAAGCUGACCAUAGUGGACACACCAGGCUUUGGAGAUGCUGUUAACAACACUGAGUGCUGGAAGCCCAUCACCGACUACAUCGACCAGCAGUUUGAACAGUACUUCCGUGACGAGAGUGGCCUGAACAGGAAGAACAUCCAGGACAACCGAGUGCAUUGCUGUCUGUACUUCAUCUCACCCUUCGGACAUGGGCUGAGGCCUGUGGAUGUGGAGUUCAUGAAGGCUCUGCAUGAGAAGGUCAACAUUGUGCCCCUGAUUGCCAAAGCUGACUGCCUGAUCCCCUCUGAGAUCCGGAAGCUAAAAGAGAGGAUCCGGGAGGAGAUUGACAAAUUUGGCAUUAAAGUGUACCAGUUUCCUGAGUGUGACUCUGAUGAAGAUGAGGAGUUCAAGCAGCAGGACAGAGAGCUGAAGGAGAGCGCUCCGUUUGCCGUCAUCGGCAGUAACACGGUGGUGGAGGCCAAGGGCCAGCGAGUCCGCGGACGGCUCUACCCCUGGGGCAUUGUGGAAGUGGAAAACCAGGCGCACUGUGACUUUGUGAAGCUGCGGAACAUGCUGAUCCGGACACACAUGCACGACCUGAAGGACGUCACUUGUGAUGUUCACUACGAGAACUACCGAGCUCAGUGCAUCCAGCAGAUGACCAGCAAGCUGACUCAGGACAACAGGAUAGAAAGCCCAAUUCCUAUCCUGCCUCUCCCAACACCGGACACUGAGACAGAGAAGCUGAUCAAAAUGAAGGAUGAGGAGUUACGGCGGAUGCAAGAGAUGCUGCAGAAGAUGCAGCAGCAGAUGCAGGAUCAGUGAGAGGCAGGUCCUCAAAGGGCAGAGGGAAUCCCCCAGGGACCAUCUGAGGCCUGGCAAGAGCUGUGGAUGUUUAUUAAGAUUUCCCAUUGUACAGAGACUUGUGGGCGAGAGCUGCACCUGCACCCUCUAAUUUAUUAGCAGCAAUGCUGGCUUUGCAGUCAGCUGGAUUGUGGAGGAGGCUGUUCACUUUAACAGUUUACUGAUGUGUAUUUCUUUUUUAAUAAUUAUUAUUUUUUUUUUCUCCUUUUUUUCUUUUCCUUAAAGAAAAUAGCCUGGGAGGUCUAUAAGGCAUCCUA